UCAAGAUACUAGACACUAGAAUAGAGUCUUCUUGAUUUGUAUAUUAAACUUUUUCUAGUUAAAUUACUACUAAUAAAACAUUUUCUAUUGUUAAUAGAACACAAUGGGCGAUUCGGAGAAGGGCAAGAAGAUAUUCCAGCGUGCGUGCGCCCAAUGCCACACGGUCGAGAAGGGCGGCAAGCACAAAGUCGGACCGAACUUGAACGGCCUGAUCGGACGUAAGAGCGGAUUGUCGCCCGGAUUCAGCUACACCGACGCCAACAAGAACAAGGGCGUCGUGUGGGACGAGGGCACGUUGGACACGUAUCUGACCGACCCAAAGAAGUUCAUUCCCGGUACCAAGAUGUUGUUCGCCGGCCUCAAGAAACCCGAAGACCGGAAGGAUUUGAUCGCUUAUUUGAAGGAAGCCACCGCUUGAUCAAUCACACAAGUGUACGAAUAAUGUAAGAAAGUUCCCAUGAAUAAAAUUGGUUUAUUCAUAAA